UGAGGCCAUCCCUGUGGUAAUCAUAUCUCUGCACAAGUUGGUCUAAUCCUUUUUGUUUUGAACCAGACGCGUUGUUUAGUUCACAAAGGAGUGCAGGUAGAAAACUUUGAACCGCUUCUUCCCCGGGAGACACAAAAGGAAACUUUUUGCAGAAAACGGGAAACUAAUUAAGGGAAACGCUUCGAAUCUCAGCCCUUUCUACUUAAUAUCUAUCAUCCGUUUCCCUUUGAACUUUGAACCAACUCAAAGCAUUUACUCAAACACCUAGCUAGCUAGCUACCUGUCACCAACACAACUCAGAUUGCAUCAUUCCAAACGCUUCCUGGGAACUUUCUCUUCUGUCAUAAUACGUCUAUGUGAGUUGGAACUCGUGUACACUUCCUCACUGCUAAACCAAGGCCGAAACCCGUUCUUUUCUCUUUCGGCUCACGUAGAUCUGAUUACAGUUCAGAUUUUGGUGAUAGUCAGAAGGAAGCUUCUAGAUGGCGAACCGUUGGUGGGCCGGGAACAUGGCGGUGAAAUCUGAUGACCCCAACUCAUCGCUUCAGCCGAGAGACCAAGACAGCGGCGACAACGCCAACAACGCCACUCCGACCAACAGCGGCAACAGUAACACCAACUUCAACGCUGGCGAGGACGACGACAACCCCGCCAACAACAACGACGGUGACGAGCAGAACCUUAGCAGCGGGCGGCGGCCGAGGGGCAGGCCGCCGGGGUCGAAGAACAAGCCGAAGCCGCCGGUGGUGAUAACGAAGGAGAGCCCCAACGCGCUGCGCAGCCACAUCCUCGAAAUCAGCGGAGGCAGCGACGUGGCGGAGUGCAUUGCCACCUUUGCCACGCGCCGCCACCGCGGCGUGUCUGUGCUUAGCGGAAACGGCGUCGUCACCAACGUCACGCUGCGCCAGCCCGCCGCUCCCGGUGGCGUUAUCACGCUGCAGGGGAGGUUCGAGAUUCUCUCCCUCUCCGGCGCGUUUCUUCCGGCGCCGUCCCCUCCGGAGGCCACCGGACUAACCGUGUACCUCGCCGGAGGGCAGGGUCAGGUCGUCGGAGGAAGCGUGGUGGGACCUCUUGUCGCCUCGGGACCCGUGAUGGUUGUAGCUGCCACCUUUGCUAAUGCUACAUAUGAAAGGUUGCCCUUGGAGGAUGAACAAGGCGAAGAGGACAUGCAAGAGGUGAAUGAAGGUGGUGACGGCGGAACACCACCACCUUCUCUGGGUGAUCAACCGCCACAAGUUCCAAUGCCGGUGUAUAAUUUGGUCCCUAACAAUGGUGACGUGUUCUGGGGAGCCCCACCUCGUCCUCCUCCACCUUCUAAUUAUUGAAAUGAAACUCUUGUUUACUUUUAACCGUUAAUCUUGCCGACUUAUAUAUAUAUGCGUAGUGUGAUCUGAAGUUUUCUUGUUUAAGCCAGGUUAGGGUACACCUUAGAGCGUAUUAAUAAUCGAUCUGUUUCAUUUUCUUUUACGUUCUACCCUAAUGUUCCUUUGUCUUUCAUGUUGUCCCUUUUGUUCAAUCUGCAUACUUAAAUCGGUGCUGGAAGAGUUUAUUGGAUAUCUAUUCGAUGAAUGAUAGACAAUUUUUGUUGUUACUACUUGCUUA